AUGAUUACGUCCAACGAUACGACCGACACGCAAUACCGACCACGCGACGUGACGCUGCCUGCGAAGUCAAACGACAGCCUGGAGCACUGGGCCAUCGUGGCCCAGCACAGCGUUGCUGCAGGCGGGCCGGCCACCUUCGUUAACGUGACGGGCCGGUGCGGAGGCGGGAUAGGCAGGAAGCGCGGCGGCGAUGGCGCCAAGGGCACCAUGCACACGUUGUAUACAACAUCGACUCUUCCGGCGUGGUUCGGGUUCGAGCAGGACGUACAGUUCGAGUUCCACGACGGGGGCAACCUGCACAUGUUGCAGUCGUAUGUUGGCCAGGACCUCCUGCAGACGUCCUGGUUCAAGAAGCUCCCCGAUGUGCCGAGCUCCCGAGACGGGGCGCACUGGAGCAUUGGCCAAGAUGGAGAUUGCGCGUAG